AUGGUAAAACUUUAAAACAAAUCAAAUAGGAAAUCUAAAAAAGCUCUCUAACUUAAAAAACUCUCUGAAUAAGUACCUUAAUAAAAAUAUUAAAAAUAUUAAUAAGAGGAACUAUUGUUAUUUGAGAAUGAUAAUUAAAAUGAAAGUGAUUAAUCUGUCAAAUAAGAGUAAUAAAAUUCUAAAAAAGAAGAGGAUGAAAUUAUUAAUUAACCUUUGACAUAAGAGGAAGAUUCAGCAUAAUGGGUUGAUGAAUUUGAUGAAAAAAUAUAAGUGGAUUUGAGUAAAUAAACAAAAUUGAGAAAACUUAUAAAAAAUGGAUAAAAUUUAGUUACAGGAAAGGAAUAUUAAAGAAAAUUGAGAGAAUUUUAUAAAAAUUCAUAAUAAAAUAAUGAAUUCUUAAGUUGGGCAUAAUCUAAAUAACAAAUUAAAUAAGAAAAAGAUAAAUUUGAUUAAAAUCAAUUGAAUGCAAAUUUAAAAGAAUUAUUAUCAUAGAAUAUAUAAAAUUAAACAAUUAAAAGUAGUUUACUUCCAAAUAGAAUUAUUUAAAUUGAAUAAGCUGGAAUUAUUAAAGCUAAAAUAAACACUGUUAUUUAAUCAAUCAGUUUUCAUAAGAAAUUACCAAUAUUUGCAGAAGGAGGAUUUGAUAAAUUAGUUAGGAUUUAUUAAUUCAAUCCAAAUAAAUAGAUUCAAGUAUAAUAAUAUUUCUAUUUAUUUAGCUUAUCAAAUCAAUAGGAUUAGAGAAAUUUCCAAUAUGUAAAUUAUAAUUUAUGAAUGAAAAUAAUAAUAUAAUAGUUGCAUCCCCAUUUAAAACAUAUCUGAUUGAAGUAGAUAUUAAUACUUAAAAGUAUAAAAGAAUACAAUCUACUUUAUUUGCUAAACAUUUUAAUUAAUCUGGGAAAUAUAAUAGAUAAAUAGAAUUUGCAAUUAGUGAAGAUGAUAAAUAUAUUGCAUUAUUUAAUGAAUCUGGUUAUAUACACAUAUUAAGUGGGGAUAGUAAAAUACUUUUAAAUGAAUUCAAAUAAAAUGAAGCAUGUAAGGCAGUAACAUUUGCUGAUGAAUUUUUAAUAUCUGCAGGUUAAGGUGGUAAAAUCUAUUAAUGGUCUUUGUAAAAAUAAUAAAUAUAUAAUGUUUUUCAUAAUCCAGGUGGAUUUGAAGUGAAUUGUUUAGAUUUUAAAUAAGAUCUUUUAGCAGUUGGUAGUAGAACUGGUAUUGUAAAUAUAUUUAAAUUAAAUUCAUCAACAAAAUAAUUUAAUAAAGAACCUAUUAAAGAAAUAUAGAAUUUAACUACAAGUGUAAAUGAAGUUUAAUUUAAUAAAUUUUGUGAAAUUUUAUGUAUAAGUUCUAAAUGGAAGGAUUCAGCAAUAAAAUUAGUACAUGUUGAUACUUUUACUGUAUUUGAAAAUUGGCCAACAGUAACUACAUGUUUGAAAGUAUAAAUAUAAUAUAAGAUUUAAAAUUAGAAAAUCUCAGCUAUAGGAAUAAGUAAUGAUUCCAGAUUCUUGGUAAUAGGAAAUGAAGAUGGAGAAUUGAGAGCUUUUCGUUUGCUACAUUAUUGA